AUGCUGAGAUCCCGGCUGCCCAACGUCUCAGCAGGAGGUGACUAUGGCAAAGGCCUUUUUGACAGGGAGAUGGGACCCUUGCAGAGCCAGCUGCACCAGGGCGAGUAUGCCUUACUCAAGCUCGCCCCCAUGUUGGAAAGUGAAUUCGUACAGAUCAGCAAGCGAGGAGAGGUGAUUGACGUGCACAACCAAGUCCAGACAGUGAUUGUCGGCGUGGCCUGCACCUGCCCCAACAUGCUAAUCCCCAAUGUGUUACUUCUGGCUCGCCCCAUCUUCCCCCCUGAAGAGACGCCUCGAAAGCGGAAAUCCUUGCUCCGUCACCGCCCACCAGCAAAGAGAUUUGAGCUCACCAGGCUACUCCCUCUGCAUUUUGUCAAGAUCUCGGUUCACAAUGCAGAGAAGAAGCAGCUGCGGUUCAAACUGGCCAGCGGACGCACCUUCUACUUGCAGCUCUGCCUCCAGCCUGGUGUAAGGGAGGACGUCUUCGCCCUGUGGGUCAAGGUGGUCAACAUGCUGCGGCCCCCGUCAGACUCAGCACUGGAAUUGCACAGCAGGGCCAAAGAGCCGAGGGAGCACGGGGAGGCCCCUCCCCGGAGGCCACAGAGCCCACCAGGAUCCCUAAACCUAGAAGACGGCGUGAGCAUCCAGAGUGUCUACUCGCCCUCGGGAGUGCUGAGCCCUGUGCAGGAAGAUGCCCGGAGCAGGCGCAGCCUGGGGAGCCAGCGCAGCUCCCGUGGCCCCUGCCGCUCUCCUGCACCCAGUGAAGGACAGGCGCCAGACUUCUACAGAUACCCGUCCGCAGAGGGCUUGGCACAGCCUUUGGAGAGGCCUCCCAGCCGUAAGAGUAGCGGCAGCAGCGGGAAGGAGAGGAUAUGGAGCAGCCCUUCAACAAGCAGGUACUAG